UGCGCAUGCGCAAUAUCUCACACUAUUCAUAAUACGGCACAAUAAUGUAAGGAGGCAAUAUUUUUAUUAACAAUAGAUUUCUUAGAAAUUAUUAGCAGUUCAUUGAAUAAAAUUAAAUACAAACUUAAUAAACACACUUGUGAAGUCUCGCGUAAUCAGUGCAGACUCAACUAAGUACUGAUUUUCAGAGGUGAAUAUGUCACGAUACAAGCAGCCUAAGAAGUUGGAGACGCUAGCAUUAAGCGGUCUGGGGGAUUGGAUAGCACAACAAGCUGAACAACAGAUGCUACCAAUUGUAAUGCUUUCGCAACGUGACACCAACGAAGCUCAAUCAGCUCUAACACGUAAUAUUGAUAAAAUUCGAGAAUAUUUAGACAUUAACGUUCCUUGGAUGCUUCACGACUUAUUGGUAAAUCAAACUAUUAGAGCACUAUCAGAACUGCUUGAAAAGACCAAGCAAUCAUUGGGAUUUAGACGCAACAUGGGGAAAUUCGUCAGUCAAAUGAAUGUAAUUAUAAGAAUGGCUGAAGUGCUUUUUACAAAAAAUUUAACGAUCGUGUCAAUUGAUACUAUUCCAAAGAUGUUGCGUUCAGUAUUUUACUCUAAAUUAUAUAUGCUUAACGGACUAGUCUCCCUAAACUUAGGGUCAUUAUCCGGAGGUUGGAAAACGGCAGACAUGGAAGAUGCCAUUAUUAAAUCAUUAAAAGAGCUACAUCGCUUAAAAUGUUUAACUAUGAAUUAUGAUUGUACAAAUAACAUACUACAAUGCAUCGUAGAUAAUUGCCAUCUUCUAGAAAAAUUAGACGUCUCUUGUUCAAAAUGUAUUACAAACGACAGUAUGGAUAUUGUUGCGAAAAUAAAAAAAUUAAGAAGCAUCCAGCUAUACAGAACUUUUGUGACUAUGGAAGGUUUUAUAAAGUUGCUUUUGAAGUGCAAAAACAUCGAAGAUAUAGGUAGAUGUGACGAGAUAGGCAAGAUUUUAGAGCACAUUGAUCUUAAUUAUUCAGAUGGCAUAACAUUUCAUUUAAAGACUUAUGUUAGUCGCUAUGCAACAAAUAAUCAAUUACAGUUAGCUGUUCAAAUGUGUCCCUAUAUAAGAAGCAUGACUGUUUUUCACAACACUUUACAAAGUGAUCUAAUGGUUCUAAUAGGUUUACAAGACCUCAGAGAGCUUAAGUUGUUGUCAUGCGACUUUUAUGCAGAUCAAAUAAAGCAAGUUCUUCAAGUCAAAGGUUGUAAUCUUGUUCAUCUACACUUAGAACAUGUCGAUCAAAUUGAUUUAAAUGCUCUUAUGUAUAUAAGUCAAAUGUGCCCUUUUUUAGAAAGUCUUACUUUAUAUAAUUGCACACUUAUACAGCAUACGUCCUUAUUUACAAAAAAAUUAGAAAUUGAACCCUUUCGUAAUCUUAAAAAAAUUACUUUCGUGUCCACGUGUACAGAAGAACAAUUACUAUUCAUUCUCACUAAUUGCGUGAAUGUACAAUUCAUUCAUAUAGGGACGGCAAUACAACUUACCGAUGACGUAAUGUUUAAAAUUUUAGACAAAAAUCCACUGAUUUAUUUGAAAGAAUUACGUAUAAUGCAAUCUGACUACUUAUCAAUGAUAUCUGUAGACAGAAUUAUUCAAAGUUGUAUGAGUUUGGAAAUAUUGGUGGAGUUAGAGAGUUGGUCUCUCUUGACUGAAAAUGAUCGUGAACAUAUCAGAAACUAUAUCAAGAUAAACAAUUAUAAUAUAGACACGGCUCCAAUUAGAAGAUAUGACGCUUAAAACCUAUAUUAAUGUACUGCAAAUUACACAUUACACACACAUAGGAACUUGCUAUAAUAAUUUUCUUGUAUGUACCACGUAAAACCUAAAAUAACUGCCAUUGCAAAAACCAAACUUCGAAAGCGUGUACGAAUUCAUAUUACAUUAUCAAAACAUAACGCCAUGUUAUUCUCGAAGGGGUAUUUCUCGUGGAGUGGGAAAAAAUUAUCUCCGAUCUUCAUCAUAGACGAGCAAAAGCUAGUAGACAGAUAUUUUACAAAAUGAUGUAAUUGGCUUCCAUUCGAAAUAAAAGAACGAUCAUGAACUCGCCUAUAACAUCGAUCUGACGACACGUAACUAUAACGUUUUCCACGUUACGGCAAUGUUUGCAGUGUUAGCACACGAUUGACAUGAUGAAUGCCGUCACCGCGCCGCUGUCUGACCAUGGCCUGGCAUAAGCCAGUGCUGCUGGGUGCGAGAGAUUGUCGCCGCUGAUCGCUUCCCUGAGAAUAGGAUUGACUGCACGGUUGGUGAGGUGGCUGAGCAACUGGCUGCCGCGCAAUGUGGCGCGGGUUCGAUUCCCGCACAGUACAACUCUUUGUGUGAUUAGCGGAUUGUUGAACUUGUGUUUGUAAACGCACCAACGACACAGGAGAAAAUCCUUAUGUGGGGAAAAAUGUUCAAAACAAUAAGAGAAAGAUUCUGUGGUGCUCAGCCCAAGUAGAGCACACCUCGACUGUAUGUUCCGGCUGGUCACACUAGGGGGUUUCUUGCAACAGGUAUCGUCCGCAAAGCGUGAAAGGCUCGGACGCCGUGGCAUCUCACUAGCCACUCCUCCAAGAGAGCUCUUACCGCUGCUAUAACGGCUACUCUGUUGCAACAGUCGUUACUUACUGAGAUUAGAUAGCAGCGGGCUCAGCGCGACUCAUAGUAUACUGUAUAACUGGAAUGCGACGUCAGCGCGGUGACGGCUUCGUAUGCAGGAAAGCUAGCGGGGCAUGUUACCAUACUGUUGCGUUUCAGUUAGUGUGCAGUAAGGAGUUUCAUCCAAAUAAUACAAAAUGGCUGUUACGAUCGAAAUCACAUAAGAAUCACACCUGAACCUAGAACACAAGUCGAAAAGUUAUUCCAUACAGAAAACCCCAACAUGUUAUGCAGCAGCCAGUUGGCA